GGUGAGGCUGAGACCCCUUCAGCUGCCAUCGCUGUGGACUGGCUUAACUCUGCCUUUCUCACCGAGCUCCAGGGGCUAGGAGUGAGCAAGGGAAUGGGAGGAGGAGGUCAGACCAGUGUGGGGAUAGGUUCCUCUCAGGGGACCAUUCAUCCCUGAAGACCCCAGUUCUUGUCCUAUUCCAGCCCUUGACCUCAGGGAUGCGGAUGUAGCCUUCCCUCCAGUACCCACCUCUGGAGUGUAGAAGAAGGCAGACUGUGCUGGAAAUCUGGAGUUCUGUGUCCUCCCUGCAGCUUCACUGCCUGACUUUCUGCAAGCUACCUUCCUGCCCUGGGCCUGUUUCCCUCCCUGCUGAGCCAGAAGAUCUCUAAGGCCCCCUCCAGCUCUACCCUGAAAGCCUGUCUCUUCACCCCAACUCCUUCCCCAGUUCAGAGAACCCAGGCAUCCAGCUGCCCCACCCUAGCUCUGGGUAAACAGGAAGCUGGGUGAGGGGAGCAGGGGUGUGUGGAAAGUCCCAGCCAGGUGUGUGGGUCUAUGGGGAAGGGGUGGCCCCACCCCUGAGCUAUGAAAGCCCCCCUGCCCUGGCCCUGGCUCAGUCUCAAUGGGGACACUGGGGCUGGAGGGCCGGGGUAGGAGGCCCCAGGGGAAGGGCUGCCUCCUGCUGGCUGUGGCAGGAGCCACUUCCCUGGUGACCCUGCUGCUGGCUGUGCCUAUCACUGUCCUGGCUGUGUUGGCCUUGGUGCCUCAGGAGCAGGGAGGACUGGGUCCCAGGAGCUCCCAGAGGAGGAGGCAGAAACAGAUGUCAGCCCUAGGCUCCCGGCUGCCCAUCUCAUAGGUAAGAAUCUCAGAGACCUCAAUAGUCCAAGGUCUGCUCACCCACAGUUAGAGUCCUUUUGCUCUGUUAUUGCAGAGCUUGGUUUCCGAGCCGCCUCACCACCUCUCCCCCUAAAGAGCCCACCCUUCCGCUUGCUUCCCUCCUGGAGCAUGCAAAACCCGGCCUGGAUCUCCCCACCACAGCGCUCCGCACCCCACACCCAGGUGCCCUCAGUCCCCAACUCAUACUCAUUGCAGAGGUAGCACCAGCACCCCACUCCCCUUCCCCGGCUCGGUUCCUGCAGGGGUUAAAGGUCCCCCUCCCCUUAGCCCCUCCCCGCCCCGCCCCCCGCAGAAGUCCCGGGCCUGGAUCGCUCCUCUCAGGAUCGGAUUCCCGAGAG